CUCUUUGUCACAAACCAAAACGCUCUUUCUCUCUAAAAUCUGUUUAAAUUUUUCUUCAUUUUAUCUCUCUAGAUAACCAGAAACCUUUCCCAUAUAUACGUAUAUAGGAAGUUUUACAUUGUAAGGCUAAAUGGAGGCGGCGGACUUCUUCGUCGGAGGAUAUUACGGCGGCGCAGCUGGCGGUGAUUACUCGUCUGAGAAGAGGAUGUCAGCGGAGCAAAAGCUCGCUGAGAAUUUCACCGUUGACGACCUCCUUGACUUCUCCAACGAAGACGCCGUUAUCAGCGACGGUUUCUUUGACAAUGUCGCCGGCAAUUCUACCGAUUCCUCCACUGUCACCUGCAAUUCCUCCGCUUCCGGAGGCGAUAACCAUUUCUCCUCUGCCAAUUUCCCUCACUCCUCUCAGUUCUCCGGCGAACUCUGCGUCCCGUAUGAUGACUUGGCGGAACUUGAGUGGCUCUCAAAUUUCGUUGAGGACUCGUUCUCAACAGACCAGAAUUUACAAAGCAACCUCCAGAUUUUCGCCACGUCAAAAUCUCCCACACCCGAAUCCUCCUCUUCGUCCACCCGAAUCGAUUCCUUAACCCGGAGCCCAACCAACCCAAUUUUCCAAAACGACACUCCGCUCCCGGGUAAAGCCCGGUCCAAGCGUUCAAGGGCAGCCCCGUGCGAUUGGUCGACCCGACUCCUCCACCUCACCCCGAAAUCCACCGGGCAGAAGAAAAGGGAUAAUCCGAAUGCCAAUUCGGAGUCGUCGGGCCGGAAAUGUUUACAUUGUGCGGCAGAGAAGACCCCACAAUGGAGGACAGGGCCGAUGGGUCCUAAAACGCUUUGUAAUGCGUGUGGGGUGAGGUACAAGUCGGGUCGGUUGGUACCCGAAUACCGACCCGCUUCCAGCCCGACAUUUGUGUCGACGAAGCAUUCCAAUUCGCAUAGGAAAGUUGUGGAGCUUAGGAGGCAAAAGGAUUUGCAAAGAGCACAGCAGCAACAGUUUCUUAGUCAAACAUCGAUUUUCGGCAUAUCCAACGGUGGUGGUAGCGAUGAUUUCUUGAUCCAUCAUGGUGGGCCCGAUUUUAGCCACAUGAUUUAGAUAGACUCUUAAAAAAAAAAGAAAGAAGGAAAAAAAACCAAGAGCUUAACAAAGAAUUGUAGCCCUUUCCUAAGUUUUGAACUUAAAAAGAAUUUGAAUUUUGUAGUUUUAUUUUGAACCCAAAAAAGCAAAAAAGAGAGGAACUGUAGUCCUACAAUCCUAA